UCAUGGAGAAACACCGUUUGCUUCCUGGUAGUUUGACAACACAGGCGACGACCCAAAGCUAACUUCGUAAUGCAGCGUUGAUGAACGACUGUAAAUGUGAAAUCAAUCGUCGUCAUUUUCCAGAAUGAUUCCUUACACUGUAAACAUUAAACUGGCGGCUCGGACUCUGACCGGAACUCUGAAUUUACAGAAUAAAAGCGCGGUGGAUUGGGGUUGGCAGGGCCUGAUAGCUCAGGGAUGUCACUCCAGCAUCCUCAUCAUCGAUCCCAAAACAGCUCAGACCAUCCAGGUGCUGGAGAGACACAAGGCCAAUGUGGUUAAGGUGAAGUGGUCCAGGGAGAACUACUACCACAACCAGAGCUCGCCAUACUGUCUGCGGCUGGCGUCCGGAGAUGCGUCGGGGAAGAUCAUCGUGUGGGAUGUUGUCAGCGGCACCGCCCACUGCGAGAUCCAGGAGCACUCCAAACCCAUCCAGGACUUGGACUGGUUGUGGAAUCAGGAUGCGUCUCGUGACCUCCUGCUGGCCGUCCAUCCUCCCAACUACAUCGUUCUGUGGAACGGGGAUACAGGCACCAAACUCUGGAAGAAGAGCUACGCAGAGAACAUCCUCUCCUUCUCCUUUGACCCCUUUGAUCCAUCCCAUAUGGCCCUGCUGACCAGUGAAGGAAUAGUCUUUAUCACAGACUUUACUCCCUCCAAACCGCCGGGCAGUGGCGGCAAAAAGGUCUACAUUGCCAGCCCACAUGCAAGCCCCGCCCACACUAAACCUCCACCUGCUGCCGCUCCGGCUCCUACCGGUGCAAAGAAGGCUCUAAACAAAGUCAAAGUGCUGAUUACCAAUGAGAAACCAACAGCCGAGGCGGUGACACUAAACGACUGCCUGCAGCUGUCCUACCUUCCAUCCAAGAGGAACCACAUGCUGCUGCUUUAUCCCAGAGAGAUUUUAAUCCUGGACCUGGAGCUCAGCCAGACGGUGGGCGUGGUGGCCAUAGAGCGCUCGGGGGUGCCCUUCAUCCAGGUGACCCCCUGCGCUCAGCGGGACGCCCUGUACUGCCUCCAUGAGAACGGCUGCAUCACACUCCGAGUGUGUCGCUCCACAGCGGCUGCGGAGGAAGCCACAGAUCCGGAACAGAGCGUCCAGGAGCUCGUCUACGAUCUGCGCUCUCAGUGCGACGCCAUUCGAGUGACCAAGACGGUGCGGCCGUAUCGGAUGGUCAUCUGCCCCGUAAACGAGAACAAAGCUGCUCUGAUGGUCAGCGAUGGCAGAGUCAUGCUUUGGGAGCUCAAAGCUCACACUGGCAGGACGUCUGCCAAUCCAAGCUCGUGUCUGUCGCCUCUCUAUUCCCCCGUGGCGUUCUGUGGAGCUCCUCUGGGUCCCAGCCAGAAGAGGAUCCAGGACCUUUCUCUGAACAGCAUGAUCGGUCAGACUCUGAUCGGCGGUGAAGUUCCUCCUCCGUCAUCCAACCAGCAGGAGGUGCAGCUGAAGUUCCUGCUCAGCGGCCUCCUGUCCGGCCUGCCGCUGCCGCCCUUUGCCAUCCGCAUGUGUCCGCCUCUUACCACCAAGAACAUCAACCACUACCAGCCCCUUCUGGCUGCAGGCACCAGCAAUGGGUCCAUACUGGUCUACAACCUGACCAGUGGUCUUCUGCACAAAGAACUCAGCGUUCACUCGUGUGAAGUCAGAGGGAUCGAGUGGGUGAGUCUCACCAGUUUCCUGUCUUUCGCGACGUCGGCUCCGAACAACAUGGGCCUGGUGCGAAAUGAACUGCAGCACGUUGACCUCCCAACUGGAAGAUGCUUCGCAUUUAGAGGUGAGCGUGGAAAUGACGAGCCACCUAUUGAGAUGAUCAAAGUGUCUCACCUCAAGCAGUACCUGGUGGUGGUUUUCAAAGAAAAGCCGCUGGAGCUGUGGGACGUGAGGACAGGAAGUCUGCUCAGAGAGAUGGCCAAGAGCUUCCCUACUGUCACUGCAUUGGAGUGGUCCCCGUCUCACAACCUGAAAAGCCUGAAGAAAAAGCAAAUGGCGGCGCGGGAGGCCAUGGCUCGGCAGACGGUGUCCGAUGCUGAGCAAAGUAACGUGGAAUCCUCCGUCAUCAGUCUCCUGCAAGACGCCGAGAGCAAGUCUGAGACGAGCCAGGCCAUCUCGGCCCGGGAGCACUUUGUGUUCACCGACACGGACGGGCAGGUCUACCACAUCACUGUGGAGGGCAACACGGUGAAGGACGGGGCCCGGAUCCCCCCUGACGGCAGUAUGGGUAGUAUUACCUGCAUUGCUUGGAAAGGUGAUACGCUGGUGCUUGGAGAUGUGGACGGCAAUCUUAACUUCUGGGAUCUUAAAGCGCGCUUGUCCAGGGGCAUACCGACACAUCGUGGCUGGGUGAAGAAGAUCCGCUUCGCCCCGGGGAAAGGCAACCAAAAGCUGCUGGUCAUGUACACAGACGGAGCCGAAGUUUGGGACACCAAAGAGGUGCAAAUGGUCAGCAGCAUGCGCAUCGGCCGCAACGUCAACUACCGCAUCCUGGACAUUGACUGGUGCACCUCAGACAAGGUUGUUCUGGCGUCAGACGACGGCUGCGUCCGAGUGUUGGAGAUGGCCAUGAAGUCUGCCAGCUACCGCAUGGACGAGCAGGACCUGACCGAUCCGGUGUGGUGCCCCUACCUGCUGCUGCCCCGAGCUGCUCUCACCCUCAAGGCCUUCCUGCUGCUGCAGCCGUGGUCAGGAACCUUUACGAUGGACAUCACGCAGGUAGACUACAGUGAAAAGGUGGAGAUAAAAGGCCUGAUCCAGGAGCAGCUUAACUCCUUAUCUAAUGAUACCAAGAGUGUGCUGCAGGACCCGGAGCUGACUCUGCUGCAGCGCUGCCUGCUGGUGUCCCGGCUCUUCGGGGACGAGUCCGACCUUCACUUCUGGACGGUGGCGUCUCACUACCUCCAGUCCUUCGCACAGGCUCGCCAGCUGAGUGUGUCGUCUGCGGACGGCGGCGACGGAGCUCAGCCGCCGCUCCAACACCAUCUGGACAUCUGCUAUGAUGUCUUAUGUGAGAGCUCUUAUUUCCAGAAGUUCCAGCUGGAUCGGGUCCACCUGCAGGAGGUGAAACGUUCCAGCUACGAACACACCAAGAAAUGUGCUGACCAGCUCCUCCUGCUGGGUCAGACGGACAGGGCCGUGCAAUUACUGCUGGAGACCAGCGCAGACAACUCCAGCUACUACUGCGACUCGCUCAAGGCCUGCCUGGUCACCACCAUCACGUCCUCGGGACCCUCGCAGUCCACCAUCAAGCUGGUGGCCACCAACAUGAUCGCUAAUGGAAAGCUAGCAGAGGGAGUCCAGCUGCUGUGUUUGAUUGACAAGGCGGCCGAUGCCUGCCGCUACCUGCAGACCUACGGGGAGUGGAACAGAGCCGCCUGGCUCGCUAAGGUGCGCCUGAAUCCAGCGGAGGCUUCAGACGUGCUGAAGCGCUGGGCAGAACAGCUGUGCUCCCCGCAGUUCAACCAGAAAUCCAAAGCCAUCCUGCUGCUGCUUUCCCUCGGCUGCUUCUACAAAGUGGGCGAGAUGCUCCACAGCAUGAGGCAGUUCGAUCGAGCCGCCCUCUUCAUCGAAGCUUGUCUGAAGUACGGCGUCAUGGAGGCCAACGAUUCUUCCAAUAAACUGAUCGAGGCUGCGUUUGUGGACUACGCGCGGCUGCUGCGCUCCCUGGGCCUGAGGGAGGGCGCCGCCCUGUGGGCGUCUCGGGCCGGCUCUGCCGGGGUGCAGCUGAUGGAGGAGCUGUUCCAAGGAGAGGGCGGCGGCACCGAAGUUCCGCUGGAAUACAAGGAGUUUGACCUGGGAGAGGAGGGCACAGAGUGAAGGCGGUUUUUGGUUUGGGUGGUGGUGGCGUCCAGGAGAGCCUCAUGCUCCCCUGAAAACAGAGAUGGGUUGAGGAGUGGGUGGCUGUGGGAGCUGAUGUCCCUUUUCCAGCACACGUCUCUUCAACGUGCUGUUUUUUCUCCUUAGAUAUCUCGUUGUGAGUUUCAAUCAUUGCUCAGAUCUGCUUCAUGGUAGCCGGUGUCAUUAACCUUUGUGCUGCACUGAGAUCUCCUCCCUAAAAGAUGGUCUCCUCCAACACAGCGAAUCUCCCCAAGACAACUCCACGUCUGAAAUCUGAGCACUCUGAACCAAAAAGACUUCAGAACGUGGAGUCUGCUGCACAUUUUCACGCGUGUAAACUUGCACAUUUACUUCCGUUUUGAGAUCGUUGAGCUUCUCCUCAGCCUCUUCUGGGAGCUUCAGUGGGACUGUUAGAUGUGAACCCAUUCCAGUGACGUGUGAAGGUCGGUGGUCGUUCCUGUGUCUGGUUCCAGUGAUGUUCUGUUGUGCCUCCAUGUGGAUCAAGUCGGCGGUUUCCCACAGAAACGGCUUCCUCCUGCGGUCCCUGAACACAUCAUCAGUGAUUAGUGUGACAUUCAAAACGCGCACGACGGCGUGUUUGUUUGGCUUCCGGUGUGUAAAAUGUUGUCCUAGAGCGACGCGGUGACUCCGUUCACAGCAACCUUCAGUGUCCAAGAACUGCUGUUCACCAUUUAACAGCCAUUACCAGUGUUACCAUGGUAACCCAAGCCUGCUUUUAGAGUAAUUGAUGUUGUUCCAGUGCUUCACCAACACCAGAAAAAGGCUGCCCGACCCUGCAGAUGAUGCUGCUGCUGUUUUUUUCCUCCCCCCUCCUGGUGGGGCGGGGUCUCACCUGCGUUUCCGUGUAACACCUGAGUUUUGUUCCACUUUUUUACUCUCUGAAGUUCUGUUGUGUAGACGUGUCUGAUUCUGUUGUGUUUUUGCUUCAAAGUCACUCUAAGGCUUUAAGCUGUGUAACAAAAGGAAAAUGAUGUUUCAAUAUGGACGGCAAUAAAUUCAAUGUCAUGUUU